GUGUUGGCUCAUCUCCGGCAAACCAAGCUCACACGAGCUUCAAAAUAUUGAGGCGUGGUCAUCACCGGGUGACGAUACAUGCAUCGUUGUGAAGGACAUGGAGCGCCAGGGAAUUAUUGCCAUCGGCUCUAGAGACAAUCCAAACCGGCAUGCUGCAGUAUUUUUGCUCUCCUUAAAGCCUGCUCUCAACAAGCUUUGCGACUACCCACUCAUCCCUGGUACUGUCACAGGGAUUUCACGGCACCUCCUUUUCCUGGAUACCACGUCACAGCAAGACGGGGGCAGCCUCGAAGUCCUAGAUUGGCACGCUAAGACAGAAGGCACUGCCCUUCUCCCGCGUAUACCCGAUCUGUUCGGUGCCCUCCUAGACUUUGUCCAUUUCUCAGACCACAUACUUGUAACGUGGGAGGCAUGCAUUAGCGUGUUCCCUGUGCCUGACGUACCGGCCAAAGGACGAACUGUCGCCUUCACAACUUGUGUUUCUCGAGGUUGGUCUGGUGUAGAUGCUCCAGUAUAUGCACCAUCACAGGAAACACCUUCCCUUACAAUCGCUGCCAGAGGCAAAUCGGGCGGAAUUUCCCUGUCGAUGCUUGUUCCGCUAGAUAACGACGAGGGGGGGAAAUAUCCGCCCAGUUUCCCGUACCGGCUUCUCCGACUCUCCCUGGUCGUUCCGACCGUGACACAAGAUUUAGGGGGAUGCACACAGAUAUGCCUGGGGUCGUCGGGGCGCGGGUUUUUUGUGUUUGGGGAGAAGGUGCGACUUUGUGCGCCAAGUCUGCUGUUCAUGCCCCCAUGUGAGAUGCAAUUUAGUCCUGAGUUUGAGACGGAAAGGGUUGUAUAUGAGAUUGAAACCGGUGAUGCUGUUGGUGGAGACAAGGUCGACUUUGACGAGGGGAUGGGACGGCUAGUUGUUGCGAAGGGAAACGGGGGCUUUGAUGUGGUGCAGCUGCUGUGACUGACCAUACUGAAUGCGAAGCGUUUGCGUUCUCUUAUAAAUCUGUAUGAUGCCCGUUAGAUUUAACGUUGUAUGGUACUAGAGGUUACUUGAGAAAGCUUUAAAUAACGUUCCAGAGUAAUCAACAUUGACUCUGUGUGUUCCCACUUGGAUCU